CGUGGGCGGCCCCGGCUCCUCCCUCCCUUUCCCUUCCCUCCCCUCAGCCCUGCCCGGGGGCGGCGGGCCGGCCCGGCCGGCAUUGCCCUGCUCGGCCCCGCGGAGCUCCCCCAGCGCCGGCAAGGUGAGUUCUGUUUUAUAGGGUAAAAAUGAACGUAGGAGUUGCCCACAGCGAGGUAAAUCCAAACACGCGGGUGAUGAACAGUCGUGGAAUGUGGCUGACAUACGCGCUUGGAGUUGGCAUGCUUCACAUUGUCUUGCUCAGCAUUCCUUUCUUUAGUGUCCCUGUUGCAUGGACUUUAACAAAUGUGAUUCACAAUCUGGGAAUGUACGUCUUCUUGCAUGCAGUAAAAGGAACUCCUUUUGAAACACCUGAUCAGGGGAAAGCUAGGCUACUAACACACUGGGAACAACUGGAUUAUGGAGUACAAUUCACAUCUUCAAGAAAAUUCUUCACAAUCUCUCCUAUAAUUCUGUACUUCCUGGCAAGUUUCUACACAAAGUAUGAUCCAACACACUUUAUUCUCAACACCACCUCUCUUCUGACUGUGCUUAUCCCCAAGCUGCCACAGCUGCACGGUGUUCGAAUCUUUGGCAUCAAUAAAUACUAAGCAGAAGGUGUGAGGCUGACCGACCCUGACAUGGCUACUGCUUCUCGGGCGAAGGAAACGAGUAGUCUGCUGUGCCGUUUGUCUAAUUGUAUUCGAUGAGAGAUGCAUUUACAUCUGAGAUACAAUUACUACUUCCUAAAGCGUUGUCUGGUGUGAAAGUUGGGUUUAUAAGAAGAUGCCUUCCAAUACUGAAAUGUGAAUUGGAAAUGUCAAGAAGAAAAAUUUCCAUGAAGAACUGGGCAGGCCCAGCUCUAAAGCAUAAUCAACACUAAAGACUAUAUGUAAGUCUGACUGAUGCAAGUAAGGAAGCUACGAAUAAACGCUGAAAUGGAUAGUGAUGUUUCACAGAUGCCCAGUCAGCCAUGACACAAGGGACAAUCUACUAAAUAAAUCCAGAUUUUUUCCAUUCAAAGGACUGGUGGGGCUACCUUUGUAGGAUAGUUAAAAGUAGCUGGUUACUGCUGUAUGGAUUGUAGAUGGGUGUGUUUGUUACUGCAUUGUGAAAGUUUGUCUCACAGUAAAUACUGCGACAGUUGGUAUAAAGUGGUGGUAUAAUUCAUGCCUUAUCUGUUCUUGUGAUUUUUGUCACAAAGACCGAAGAAAGUCCUUAACUGUCAGCUCAGGGGAUUUCUACAUCAGCUUGGUAGCUCCGUUUAUGUAUGCUUUUGCAAGUUGUCACUCUUGCGUUUAUUUCAUUUUGCUUACCAGAAAAUUGAUUUGUCUUUGUGUCAAUGGGACAUCCUGAGAAACUGAAAUGUCAUUUAAGGUGUAGCUUUUUGACUGCUUUCUCUGAUACUUGACUGAUGGAUUAUUUUUCAGUAGCUGAGAGGCCUGCAACAGUGGGGGAAAGGGUUGCUGUUGUUAUAGGAGAAGGAGCUUCACUAUAGAACAAUAUCAGAAUAUUAAAGAGAAAUUGUGUAGAUUGUCAGAAGUGGAACUAGAAAUAGGUGAAUUGACAGAUUACAUAGCCUAACAGUAUGCUUUUACAGAAAAGGAUAUAAAUAAUUUGCAUGUCUUGGAAAUGUGCAGGAGUACUGCAUUUUAGGGGUACCGUGUCGUAUUGAGUUAUCUUGUAUAUAAUCAACUCUGGAACUAGAAUGAAGGAGGUACAGCUAGAGCUCUAAGCGCUUAUUUCUGUAUCCUAGGAAAAAGGAUGAACUUUUAAGUAUACCAUGUGGCUUCCAGACAAAAACAACUCAAGAUUUGACAGAAGACUAUUUAAGACUUGAUUUACAUUUUGGUUGCAAUGACAGCCAGUGAGGAGGAAUAAAAAAAAGCCCAGUGGUGUAUCUCUUUUCUUGCAAAGAGAAUGUUCUAGCAAUGUGUGGUAUAUAUGUUGUUU